AAAUUUUCUUUAAAUAAAGCACUAAUCUAGGACGAGUCCGGUUUUUAAUUCCAUAGGUAUGAACCUGCUGCACAAACCUUAUGAGGCUUCUUUUGUAUAGACUCAAAAAAUGAAGAGUGGCAUGUUUCCAACAUUAGAGUACCAACUGGCUUCAAUAAGAGGUCAUUAGAACCAGAAACAUUUAUAUAAUUUCAUACAAGAAGGAGCAGACAUACCUGGUGCAUCAUGCAGCAUUACAUCUAAAAGUUCACUCUGUUCUGCUGGUAAUUUUUUUCUGUCUUUUGUCCUUUAAAGGUUGUUCCCCACCUUCUUUGAUAAACUAAGACACAACCUGGUGUGUUUUUCCUCAGACACAGAUAAUAUCUGUGGUUCUUUUUGCUCACUUGAGUCUCACAGUCUUGUUAAUAGCAGCAGCCUCACCACUCAGUGUGCAGACAUUCAGGAGGACUUCAACCUGAAGUAAAGACAUCAUCUCUUGACAACUGAAGCUUUAUUAUUUUUACUUGUGCACAUCAAGUCAGGAAGGAUGAAGCUACAACUUUAUUUGUUUAGUGCCAUGAGCUAUUUGCUGCUGACACAUCAAGAGGAGCACAUACUGGAUGCAAUGUUCGGUUUUUUUGAUUCAGCCAACACCACUUUCAUUUAUGAUGAUGAUUACAAAGAAUCUGCUCCCUGCAAAAUGCACGUACCGGGAUUUAACUCCCUUGUACUGAUGGUCGUCUAUAUCAUCGUGUUUGUGUUCAGCCUCAUGGGCAACAGUGUGGUGGUCUACGUGGUCUGCUCUAUGACUAAAGGCAGAACCAGCACAGAUAUCUACUUGAUGCACCUUGCUGUGGCUGACCUACUCUUCUGUUCCACUCUCCCCCUCUGGGCCAUUGACUCUCACUUCGGUUGGAUCUUUGGCAACUUCCCAUGCAAGCUCUUCUCAGGCUUCCAGGAGGCAUCUGUGUACAGUGGGGUCUUCCUGUUGGCGUGCAUCAGUGUGGACCGGUACUUUGCCAUUGUGAGAGCUACACGAGUGCUGUCCUCCCGGCACCUGUUGGUAAAGGUGGUGUGCGGUGUUGUGUGGCUGACAUCCGGGUUGCUGUCUCUACCUGUGGCAAUUAAAAGAGAGAAAAUCUUUGCUCCUGAACUGAACCAGGACAUUUGCUACGAUAACCUAACCGGCGAAAGCAGCGACCAGUGGCGGGUCAACAUCCGAGUUCUGCGGCACACGCUAGGCUUUUUCUUACCCCUGGUAGUGAUGACCAUCUGCUACAGCUGGACGGUGGUGACGCUGUUCAACACUCGCAGUCAACAGAAACACAAGGCCAUGCGCGUCAUCUUGGCAGUAGUGCUGGCAUUCGUUUUCUGCUGGCUGCCUUAUAACAUCACCGUGCUAAUUGACUCUCUCUACCGAGGUGGAACACUCACAGAGACCUGCGAGGCCCGCUACAGAGUGGAGACCACGCUAGAGGUGACCAGGGUUUUUGCCUUCAUGCACUGCAUGGUGAACCCCGUGCUGUAUGCCUUCAUCGGGCAGAAGUUCCGGAAUGAGCUGCUAACGGUUCUUUACAAACAGGGCCUGAUCAGCAAGAAGGUCUGGGUGACUUACAGGAAGGGAUCUGUUAGCAGUGUGGCCAGCAUCAAGUCGAAACACACCUCUGUAUCGAUGUAAAUCAAUGCUGUUGGCGGGUUAUUUAUAAAUACCCCCCAUAAAGUGAACAAGCAUAAUCAUUGUUGAAGUGCAAGAAUAUAGAAAUUAGAUCUUUUUAAGCAUUCAGAAAAAUCCACAACAAAGCAAAGAAAAAAAAAAACCAAAGUACUACGUCUCAUUUUCAGAGGACAUUAAAUGUCACAGAACACUUUCUCAGUUCUAAUGUUGAUGAGAUCUCUGAAGAACUAUUAAAUCAACCUGAAUUGACAAUUAUUCUACAUGAUGAAAUAUUCCAAGAUGUUUUGUCUUAUAGAUACUCAAACAAAAAGCGUGCCAAGAAGGAGGCUCUGGAAAUGAGCAUAGAACACUUACAACCCAAAACAUUUUAUUAAGCUAUCAUCUCUUCAGACUUACCUUUGGGAACCACUGGUAACUGAUCUUGAGUUUCCUGGUUAGGUUUUAAGUCAAUAGGGGUCCACACCAUUUCACCAAUGAAGGCCAUAUGCACACUUUCUGCUCCAAAAGCAUUUAGGAGGAAAAGGAGCAAUUGGGUGUGGCUAACUUAAGCACUUGAUUUACUAGUCAUCAGAGAGCACCUCUGUAACAUACAGGAGUGUGAUAACACCAUGCCCUGACAGAAAAACAUGACUGAUUUCCUUAGAGAAGCAACACAUGCUCCCCAUCAAUCUGGAAAGGGUUAUAAUUCCAUUUUUAAACUAAGUAAAUAUGGGAAAAGACUCAAGAAAUUAUUCCCAGGUAUAAAGUGUUUAAGACAGCAGCCAAUCUGGAAGAUUCCAGAAAAAUCCAACCAAAGGUCAGAGGGUGUAAUACUCAGAGAACUGGAAAAAAGCCCAGUUCUAUCUGAAUGAAACACAAAGACAUCAGUAACAAUGUCCUUUGAAAAGAUAGGUCCUCAGUCACAGGACUAUGUUAGAAGAAAAUCAAACACAGUCUAACAGCACAGAUACCUGUCAAGCACGGUGGUGGAGGGGUGAUGAAUUGGGCUUGUUUUGCUGCCACAGGAUCUGGGCACCUUAUGUAAGCUAUGAUCUUCUCUGUAUACCAAAGUAUUAGUAUUAUAGUAGAAGGCCAUGAAUCUGAGAGUUGAAGCUUGGGCGACAUUAGUUCAUGCAGGCAAUGAAGAAACCUUUCAUAACAAAGAGGGAGCUGAAUGUCUGCAGACCUGCAUAAGCUGAAGCAACGUAGGAAGGAAAAAAAGAAUCGACCAAACUUUGUACAGUCUUGUUUCUUUGGGCUUACAGUCUUCAAUACCUUAAUACUGCUUAGAGUUUGUUAAAUGACAGAUGCUACAAGAAAUAGAAAAGGUGUUGCACUUUUUCACUCUGAGCAUUUAUCCUAAAAGCUUCUUCAAAGCUUCACGUUGGAGUCUAAUGUCAAAAUCCAAAUAUAAUGAGUGGCCUCUGCAGCUCUUCUCGUUUUUAGAGUGUGAUGUUUGGCUUUUGAAUCAACAUCUUCACAAUCUUUUAAUAAAAUUAAAUGUCAAAAUGUUUCCAUGAAAUAUUUUCCAUCACUAAGAAAUGUGCAAGCUGCAGAGUGUGAGUUGCUGCACAGCUUUAGUCAUAUGUGCAAUUAUCAAGAUAUACAUGUUUUCUGAAGCAUGGGGACUCUCAAUAUAAAGCAGAUAUUUAAAUAUCCUGUGUUUCAGGGUGUCACUUUGCUAUUACACCUAUUGAGAAAAAAUCAGAUAAAAAAUAUUUCAGACAGGAAGAGGUGGUGAAACUUGUUUUCUGUUUUCACCACUAAAGAACAGUGUGACUUCUUUGAUGAAUGACUUUAAUUUAGCAAACAUUUCUGUAGAAACAUCUUCUGCUUCUUUGUUAUCACUGUUUUCAUCUGAAUCUAAUUUUCUUUGAUUGUAUUUAACUUCAUUUUUUUAUUUUCCAGCAACAUUUUCUUAUUGUUCUUAAUUAAAUUUAUUCUGUACGGAUCCAAAUAUAUUGAAUAACACAUCUAUUUUUAUGAAAUACUGUCUGAUGUAUCUACAAAGUGGCUUGAUAUUAAUUACACAAAUAGCGACAUCAAAAUGUACUGCACAGUUUAUCUUUGCAGGAUCCCAAACCUCAAGGAGAGUUGCAGCAAAGAACCGACAUUUGCUUAAGUGUUGCUUCAUUCACAGGGUUUCGGUCAAGUUCCUGUUUUUCUAUGUGGUUUCGAAGUGUUGUUGUUGUCAGUACCUGACAUGUUGAAGUCAAAAAAGGAAAAAACAGGAGACAAAUUUAGACCAAAUUUAUCUGUCAAAAUCUUUGUUAUCAUGAACGUGUGAAUAUUACUUCAAAGAAAUAAUUUCUGGUGUGAAACGGAGAUCAGUGUUUUUAAAUGCUUUCUGGGAAACUUGCACCAUACGCACACAGACCCGGUGUACAUCUGAUGAAAAACAAGUGAUAAAGGAUGUGUAUAACAAUGACAUUUUCAGCUUCUUCUGGAGUUUGACAUUGUACUUUCAUUUUAUGAGUAGUUUGAGGCAGCGGUUUGGUACCAAAUAAUGUAGUUGAUCUAAUUUAGAAACUGUCCCACCGUCACCACGUAAAAGACAGAAUGUAUUCAAACCCGCAUCAAGUGUUACACAUCUUAUCUGUUGGUUAUCUGAACACAUUGUUGUAUUAGUUUGUCGUAAUCAGGGGUUGUUUGCUGCCUGUUGCCAUCACACCUUAGAAUUCCUGCAGGACAGCAAGUAGUUCAGUAAUUUGUCCUGAAAUGUUUUUGUAUAAAGUUCAUUAUUGUGUUCAUUAUUUUGAUAUUUAAUCUGAUUACUCAUGAGACUUCAAGUUGGUGCAGCUGCCUUGCCUUGCAGCACCGUCAAAUUCUGCAUGUCCUCCCCGUUCCUGUGUGAGAUCACAUCAGGGUUUAUACAUACAUUUAUAUUCAAUAAAUAGAAAUAUGUUUUAAAGUUUCUGUAAUUGAAUUCACUGAGUGAAACACAUGAUAUAGAUUAAUUACUCAGACUGAUGUUUUCAAGCCUUUAUUUCUGGUUGGUAUGGUGAUUUUCCAUCUGCAGCUAAUAAAAACGUGACAUUUAAGAUUAGAAUAUCACAUCAGACAAUAAAAAAACAGUUGUUGCACAGAAAUGAGGGUUUCAUAAAAAGUCCAUCAAAUAAGCCUUAAAGCAUGUCAACGUGGCAUCUAUCCUGUGAACCCAAAACCAAUAAUGCGUAUAGAUUUUAUUCCACAUGUCAGAGGUUUCUGAUUCUAGUUUUAGUCAUGAUAUCAGAGUGGGUUGAAAGUGGAACAGGCCACAUUGUUGUGGAGAGGAAGUGUUGAGAAAUGUGGUUUACAUUGACACCAUCUAGUGGAGUAUUUGUGGGGAACCGAACAUACAUCUAUCAUCAUCUACAAUUUAAUAUAAAAUUUAUUUUUCUGUGUUCUUUUUGUGUCUUUGCUCUGUUCUCUCAAACCCCCAGUCGGUCGUAGCAGAUGGCCGCUCACACUGAGCCUGGUUCUGGUUCUGCUGGAG